UGGAAAUCAGUGUUAUGACAGAGGUCAGGAACAAAUCAUGGUAUAUAAAGCGGUUCUCUGGAUGAAGCAAAUCAUACCAAGCCUCUAGCAUCAAGAGACAACUACACAGACUCUGACUUACUGAAGAAUAUUCGACACUCUAACAUAAUCAUGUCUUUGAAACUGUUCCUUCUCCUGGCCUUGGCCGCUGUUGGCGCCUUUGCCCAAGACAUCACCGAGCUGGACUUCAGCCUGGAUGGAAAGAAGUACACCGAGACUGUAAUAGAUGGCGAGGACCAGCAAGUGGUUGUUGUGCCCAGGCAAGGACUCUCCGACCAUACCGUCAUCAUGCACGACUUUGAAAUGAGGCUGACGGCUUUCAAGGAUCUGACCACAGAUCGCUGCAUCGUCAUUCCCAUGAACAACAUGUUGACCAGAGUCCGUGGUCUCAUCUUCAAGGACAGAAAAUCACCUGCCGAGACCGUCCCCUCCAACCGUAACGUCAUGCUUGAAGUCAGCCAAGAAGAAAUGGUGAACUUGGAUGCUGAGGUCGGAGAGCAGAUCGCCCAACUCUGCCAGGGCCUUCCAACCUUCUGGGCAAGGAUCUCCAAGGAGGAGAGCACCCUCAACAUGUCUGGCCGCCGCUUCAGGAGAUGGGGUUUCUCCGGCAGCGCCUCGGCUUCUACCAACGGUCGUGGCGGUAGCGCCUCUGGAAGCGUCAGCGGGGGCUCCAACAGUGGGAGCAGCAAUGCUGGUUCUAAGAGCGGUAAAGGUGGUUCAUCCAGCAGCUCUGGCGGAGAGGGAAACUGAACAUUUAUUCUCAAGUUAUGACGAUCUCAUGUGAUUCCUAGGACACUGCCAUAAUAGAUUAUUUUGUUAUCAGCUCAUUCAUUUCUAAGAACUUAAUUCAUGUACAUUGAUGUGAUGAUAAUGUUUUGAAUUACACGUAAAGGUAUCAUUGAACACUGCCAAUUUGACCUUAAAUAUUCCACCAUGGUGUUAUUGUUGAAUAUUGUAUUGCAUGAUUAUCUCUUCUUAAUGAAUACUAGACGCGACUUGUCAUGAUAUACUAUCGAUAUUCCAUCAAAAUGAUUACUAAAUCUGUGAUAAGAAAAAAUAAAAUUACAUUCAAAAACAUA